AUGGUUUCUAAAUCAAUUUUUAAGAAGAUUGCCAUAUUUGGGACUUUCCUAGCGAUCGUCACCAACAUAUAUACGGCUACGUACCCAUCGGUUCACCCAUCGAAAUGUUCAUGGAAAUGUACGCAAAAUGAUGAUGACAUAGCGGUAGAUCUACUUAGUAGUUGGGAGAAGGUUGUCUAUUACAGCAAGAGAUAUUUGUUUGAUGUCAAAGAGCAACUUUUGCCGGGAAAGCCUGAUGAAGAGACUACAAAAAACGACGAUCCAGCUGAUAUUCACCUAAUGGCUUUCGGAGAUCCACAGAUAAAAGGAAUAUUUUCUAAUACGCCAUACAUUACACGAUUAGACAUUUUCGGGAAUGAUUUUUUCUUAGGUCAUAUCGCCUCAACAAUGAGAAGACGUUUGCACCCCUCACAUAUAGCUGUAAUGGGAGAUCUUUUUUCUUCUCAAUGGAUAGGUGACUCAGAGUUUUACAACCGGACUUCCCGCUACAUGAGUCGAAUAUUUGGCAGAGAUAUUUCAUCAUUGGAGCAAAUCAAGUCAGAGCAUCAUGACAAAGAUGGUCAAUAUCAAGUUGAUUGGGAAUCUUGGGGCAAAAAACUGGAUAAAAUUCGUGCAACAGAAAAGCCUUGGGAUUUAGGUUUCCAUCACGAAAAUGUUUACUCCUGGGACCCACAAAAUGAGGAUUCAUUAUUUAUCAAUAUUACAGGAAAUCAUGAUAUUGGGUAUUCAGGCGAUGUGACUUACCAACAUUUGUCAAGAUUUCAUGAACUAUUUGGUAGCGAUAACUAUUGGAUAGAAUAUGAUACAGAUACUGAUCAUCCAUGGCGAAUUGUCGUACUGGAUUCCUUACUACUGGAAGGUCCAGGGUUGCAAAAUGAGUUUAUCGAUGUUACUUGGGAAUUUUUAUACCAGCUAUUUGAAAGAAGAUUUAAAGGUAGUACAGUGUUAUUAACUCAUGUUCCCCUUUAUAAAGAAGAAGGUAUAUGCUCUGAUGGCCCUGAGACCCGGUUUUAUCCGGAAGUCUACGAACCAGAACCUUACAAAUCGAAAUUACUGAGAUCACAUAACCAUUUGAGCGAAGAAGUGACGAAAAGAGUUCUUAACUUAAUUUUUGAUAAUAACAAACCAGGAAUUAUUUUGACUGGUCAUGAUCAUGUAGGCUGCGAAACUUAUUACAACAAGAACUCUACGUCUGGGGAUUGGAAAGCUUCCAAAAAAAUCGAGUCCCCCGGAGAGUUAUUAUCGGUCCAAGAAAUCACAGUCAAGGCAAUGAUGGGCGAAUUUCAUGGAAAUACUGGACUUGUAACAGGUCACUUUAAUAAGAAAACUGGCCUUUGGGAAUGGUAUUUUAGCUUAUGUCCCUUCACUAUUCAGCAUGUUUGGUGGAUUUCUAAAGUAAGCGCAUUGCUUACCGGAUUGUUGUGGUCAAUUUAUAUUCUUUUGUAG